AGUAUGCAUACGUGUGCUGUUCAAGCCGAUCGCUUUGACUUUCUCUCUCGUGUAUUUUCUUCAUCCGAUUCGGUCUGAAAUCGACGGUCUCUUUGAAUUUAUUUAAAAAAAAUAAACUAGAAUUGUCGACUUUACAAAAGAAGUAGUGCCAAGCAUUCAUCACCCUAAAAAUGAUCGACGUUGAAAAUUCCCGCAUUUAGAAUUUUUUAAAAAUAUCCAUUUUUUGGUCGUAAAAUUUGUUUAGCGACUUUCGUUCGGAACGCCAGCCAGACAAUAACAUGCAACAAUGUAUAACCUAAAUGACUUUGCGUCCAAGCGAAACAAAUGAACGGCUGAAUAAACAUGGGUUUCAAGAAGAAGAAAAAGUGAAUACAUAUGUGUGUGUGAUGGAAACAAAACAAAAACAGAGCAAAAGCGAACGCACAGUGAAUGAGUGAAAUGUGUGCUAUAGAGUUCGACUGAUGAAUUGCGGGCGAUCCGUGUGAGAUUUUAUGAGAUAUGAAAUGAGAUAAGACAGUCACUUUCUGUGAGUACUGAUACCAGACCAACGAAUUCUGUAAAUUAAGCUAUAUACUGCUGUUUACAAAGGACUUCAUUAGGAGCUAUUAACGGCAGAGGCGCGCAAAAUAUUCACUGUUUGACACGUUUCAACGUUUGCUCUACGUCAAGCCCAUCUAUAUGUAUGUGUGCAUGUGUGUAUGUGAGAAUUACGGUUCUGUUGGUUGCGUGUGCACAAAUGUUACGUAAAUAAAAUCAUAGUGUUAGUGUUCGCUUGGACGUUUAAUUGAAAAGACGCAUCAGAGAGUAAACAAAGUUUGUUGUAGUGUUUUAAAUAUUUCUUUUAUUUUAUUUUCCCUUUCGAAAAUAUUGUGGAUGAAAAUAUUUGUAAAAAAAUGAAAAAAUAUUUUACAGGUUCAAUUCAAAGGUUAUACACAGUUUGAAGGUAUCUUUUUGAGAAUUUCUGUGAAGUUACCGGCGUUUUGACGAAAAAAUAGAAGAAGAAGAAGAAAUGGAAACAGUUUCCACGAGAUGCAUCAUAAGUACUUUAAGCAAAAUUAUCCAUGCAAAUUGCCAAUAGCUCAUUAGUUGAACGAUUCAGUGCGGUGAAAUUGUAAUAUGUGGUUACCAGAGAGAAAAUAGAAAUAGAAUGAAAUAGAGAGAGAGAGAGAGAGAGAGAGAGAAACGGAACACAAUAAAAGUAAUUCGACUGAAAUAUAGUGUUUUGCAUAACUAAACUGAGACAACGAUCAUUAAAAAAUUGUUGAUUGUUUACAUUUCAUUAUUGUCAGCAUAGUUUUUACCUAACCUAUUUCAAACCAUAUGAAGCGUUCAUAAAAAUUGCUCUAUUUCUCGACUCAUUGAGGGGAAUUGUAUCAAUCAGUGUGCCGUAUUGUGAACAAGAAACGUAGCCAAUUUUCAAAGAAAGAGAAAAAAGAAAUUGAAAACGCAGAAAAACAGUUGAGUGAAAUAGUGUGGGAAAAUAAUUAUUGGAAAAAAAUGGAAUAUUGAAAUUUUGCAUGAUUUUUGUCGUAAUCAAUCAAACUACCUGGAACAUUGACGUAAACUACUCUAUUUUUUAAUUUAUCGUGCGAAGUUAUAUCAAUAGUGUAGUGAACAAGUAACGGUUCCACUUUUUAAAGAAAAAAAGAAACGAAAAUUGUUAAAUUGAAGACAGAAAAAAGUGUUGUUCCGAUGAAAAUAUGAAACUUUUUGGUUGAACGACCGAAUUUGAGUGUAAAAUCUUGUGAUUUUAUUAGGGAAUAUUUUGUGAACGAAUAACCUUUGGAAAGAAACAUGUCGUCCAACUGGGGAUCCAUGCUGAAUUUGCUGAAUGAAUACCUUGCAGAUUUUGAGAACCGAACAAUAGUGGUUUUGGAAAAUAUAAAUGAAUCGCUGUCACAGUCGGGACAGACAUUUGAUGAUAGGAUAAGGAGCCUUUUUGUGAAGAGCGUGAACGAUAACUUGCAAAAAGCGUUAGGUUUUUUCGACAUUCAAAGUGGCCCAUCAGUUUGCAGGAAUGCGAAAAAUGCCACAAAAGAUGAUUCACAUCGUGAAGCCACAGAAAACAAUGAUCACCUGGAACGGGAUGAAUCAAGUGGAGAUGUCGAAAUUGUUGAAAAUAAAAUAAAAAUUGAGCCCAUGUCGAGUGACGAUGAAACCAUGACAAAAGUAGAAAUUGUUUCAUCAAGCCAUUUUGCAUCAAGUAAAUCAGAGGGACAAGAAGCAGCACAGUCCAUGGUCUUUGAAAGGAACAUCAGUCGUCCAUCUUUGGAUUCAAAUUUCUCGGAUCAAUGGUCAACAUGUUCACCAAGUACAUCGAAUCUACCAAUGAUGGGACCGACGCUGUCCCCAAUUGAUACGCCUGAUUCAACUCCAAAUAGCUCUCCCGAUAUAAAUGCGGAGGAUAUCAAACAAGAACCAGACGACAGUACGUGUGAGACAACGAUUUUGAAUCAAACAGAAACGGACGAGUGUAUUGUUAAGAUGAAGGAUGUGCCAAUGGACCCAAUGCAAAUGAACAGAGGUAAUGAAUUUCCAUCAACAAGUCAAUCCAACAUCGAUCGUUUCGUGCCACCAAUUGAGUCUCAGCCACUGAAGAGGCCACACUCGGGCAACGUUCAAAGCGAGACAGCCAAGCGACAAAAAACCACUGAAGAAGUACAACUCAGAGGACCGAGUCCAAUGUUUGCCGAUAAAAGCAUCAUGUUCAUUUGUUUUCAUUGCCAUAAUCAAACAAAUUUUUCCUCCGAAACUUUUGCCGAUGUUUACAACCAUUGGGAAUGUAACCAUGGUGCGUUACCCUUUCGAUUCAUGGCAUACGGAAAGGCCGCUUGUUUCUACUGCGAUAAAGUCGACGUAUUUUCACAUCUACUAGGCCAUCACAAGCACAGGCAUCCAACGAAAAUAUUUAUCGUCGUCGACAGAGAAAAUAAGUCGAAAUGUGGAUUGUGUCAUAAACAAUUUUCGCCCACAGAAAUGGUGGAACAUUUUAAAUCACAGCAUGAUCCAUUGAGUUAUGUGGAAAUCAAAAGCCCCGUUUGCUUCUCUCAGAGUGAAAUGGACCAGCUUUUGAGCAUACGAUUAUCGGAGGAAAUCGAUAUAACACAGCAAAUUGAAGGCUUAAUUUGUGGAAAUUGCAAAGAUGGACGUGAAAUGGAUAUGAGUGAAACUUCAUUUAUGAAGCAUAUUGAACACGAUGCCGAUACAUUGAAAUUCAAGUGCUCAGCGUGUACUUUUUCGGGAAAAAGUAUCCAACAAACAGUGCAACACGAGAUAUCCGCUCAUAAAUUGCCGAAAGACAUAAUGAAACAUGUGAAGAUUCUAACGAACCAAUUGGAAAGACGUUACUUCAGAACCAAAGUCGUAUUUGCUAAUGGUCUCGUUUUGUUUAAACAUAAUACAUUGAACACCACAUUCGAUGAUCGUAAAGAGAUUUGGCCGCUAAUAAAACGAAUUGCAAAACAGAAAUCGGAGGAGUGUACAAGAAAUGUUGUUCAGUCUAAAUCAGCGUCGAUAUCGCAAAAUGUGCUUCACGAAGAAGAGCUAACCAAAUAUCGACGACUUUGUACCAAUAUACGCAUUACCGGAAUCGCAUAUGAAAAUGAAGCUGAUUUACUGAACAUUUUUCUGCAUAUUUGUAGAGUCAUUGGCAUGCCGCAUGUGUCACAGAACGAUGUCCACGAUAUUUAUCGGCGUUCGGUCGCGGUGGUCAUUGUACAAAUGGUUGAACAGGAUUUGAAAAAUGAGAUCAUCCGAGCUUGGCAUAGUACUCCUAAAAUGGUUAAAUUGCAGCAUUUGAAAUCCAUUAUGAACGGGCACAUCAAAAUUUUUUUCGAAUCGGAAUUGACACCAUUUUUUGUGAAGCUUAAGAAACAUGUUGAAUUAGCCAAAGAAAACCAGCAAAUCCAUUCAUUUUCUAUGACGGAUAAUGGCAUCAAAGUUAUAGGGGUUAAUUGUAAAAAGCCAGCCAUUAUUUGGUCAAAAUGUGAACUUGAGAAAUAUAUUCAAGGAAAGCUAUAAGACUUUAGUCUAUUAUACCAAGCAAAAUGUAUACAAUGGAUGACUUAGAAAUAAAAACUUGAACGAUUAGAUUCAGUCAAAGUUGACAAUAACGACUACAAAUAUGGCCUAUAAGUAAAUUUUUUUUAAGCCAAAUGGUUGUUAUAUUAGACAAUUUUAUAUUUUUCAUACUAACAUAUAUUUACCCUAAACUGUUUACCAAAAAAUAUUGUUUUACAUGUAGAAAUCCAAUAUAACUUUGGUUCAUUUCAUUGCUUGUAUCAAGUAAACAUUGUAACAACUAUUGUCUCCAAAUUAUUCUUAAAUUUUUUUUUCCAAAAUAUUAUUAAAAUAAGAAAAUUAUUUAUAAGAAAAUGUUGUAUGGAAAUUGUCAUAAUAUGACAUUUCGCCGCAAAAAUUUGCAAUUUUUUGAAAAAGCCCCAAAUUGUAUCGCCGCGAGAAGUAAAUAGUUUUCCCUGAUAUGAACUUUAUAAACUAAUUUUUGGUACAAAAAAAUUGACUUUGCAAAUUAUAAUGCAGAAAAUAGAUUCUUUACUAAUUGAAUUUAUUCAUUUAUUCAAAUCUAGAAGAAAACGAAAACGAAGAUAACAGUUUUUUUCUUCAAGAAAUAUGCCGAUACAAAUUAAUUUGUCAAUAAUUUAAAAUGAGAGUUUAAAUUAAUGAGGAAUUUAAAGUAUCUAGUACUUAAAAUUGCUAUUCUAUUUCUAAGUCGUACGAUUGCUAUCGUGUACGAUCUCCCCUAUAAAUUCUACAUGUAGAAGAGAUAUUUUAAUUUUUUUGUUUUUUUAAUUAAAAAAAACGUGAAUAUCACAUUUACUGAACAAUCAUUGCCACGAUUUUUGUUUUUCAUCUUUUGUUCUAGUUGGAACCUAGCUAUUUGCAAGACAACAAAAGAAAAUUGAAUAAAAAUUCAAUAAUAAAUAAUAAUAAAGCUUCAAUUUUUCAAAAAAAA